AUGGAGAGGAUAUCAAUGGGAACAACCAUAACAAGGAGGGCUAAAUGGCAAUACCCUCCUGCACAACCAACCCCAAGAAUCCUUCAUUUGCCACGCAGGCCUAGAAGGCAAGCACCAAAGGCAAGUCCUUCAAACCUACCCAGUUCGCAGAAGGAGAGAAAAGGGAAGCCGGAGAGCUUGUUUGAUGAAGAAAGGUCUCUUACAAGAGGGGUUGUUCCAGUGUUGCUGGUGAGUCCAAGGAAGUGUGAUCAGGAGAGGAGAAGAGAGAGGGUGGCGGAGGAGAAGAGAGAAAAGAGUAGUGUAGUUUUGGUUGAAGAAGAGAAGUGGAGGUUCCAAGCUGAGAUGUUGAGAGCAGAAUGUAAAUUGUUGAGGAUGGAAAGAGAGAUUGCUGUUAAGAAAAUGGAGAGAAGAAGGGUGCAGCUGGAGAGGACCUUGAAAUCUGCUGUUCAAACUUUGCUUUCUGGAAAAAAGAAUAUUUGUGAAGGAAAGAAUGUGAGCUUGAUAUUGGAGGAGCAAAUCAAUGAUUUCGUGGAGAAAUUAGCAAAACUGCAAAGGAGGUCAGGCGUCACAGACUUAGAGGUCAAAAAAUGUAGUAAUUUUGAUAAGCAAGUAUCUUUUCUCCAAAGGCAGCUAGAGAAGUUUGGAGGAAUAUCUGAUGAAGAAAUAUGUGUGAAGGAGAUUCGCGAGAUGGCAGAAGCAAGCUUGUCAAUCAAAACGAGUAGUGAAGGGGAUGAGAGCUUUCUUUCAAAUCGCAACACAAAUUUGCAGGUGGAAAUUUUAAGAAGAAAGAUGGAGGGAUUGUCAAAGGGGACUUUAUUAGAGAGAAUGGAGGAGGAAUAUGGUUCAAUGCUCUCUAGAGCUAACAGUUCUACCACUAGUUCUGCCUCCAGCUCAAAGAGGAUUGAUUAUUCUGAUUUGUCCUUGCCAUCCAUACAGCAAUCACACAAGGUAAACUCCUUGAAUCAUCAAUCACUACACUUGUUUCUGCAGGAGAAAAUGCCCCAUGGUGCAAGAGUCUGUUCAAGACAUUGCAAGGCUAUAGUGCAGAGGAUUGUAGAGCAAGUUCGUGCUGAGACUAAACAAUGGUCCCAUAUGCAAGAGAUGUUGGGGCAGGUAAGGGAUGAGAUGGAAGACUUGCAGACCUCUCGAGAUUUUUGGGAAGAUCGUGCACUUGAUUCAGACUAUCAGAUUCAAUCCUUGCAAUCUGCUGUGAAAGAAUGGAGACAGAAAGCUCUUUCAUAUGAAGCAAGUGCUAAUGAGCUACAGGCAGAAAUAUCUAUUCUUCAUGAAGAGAUUGAGAGAUCGAGGAAGGAAAGAGAUGGAAAAAUUGUGAAGGCCGGAAUUAGUUCACCUAUUAAUCAAGAAGCACAAAAUGAAACAGAGAAGCGGGUACUUGUGUGUCACUCAAAGGAAAACCAUUGUGCAUAUGGUGAUGGUUGCAAUCAGAAGGAGCUCUCAAGGGAUGGAAGAAGAAAGACCCAAACAUGCACUGCUGGACUUCUCCCGAGACGCUCACCCCUGAGAGAAAUUGGUAAUAUGUCAGCACUGAUGAAGCAGCAUGGUGAAGGACUUUUGCCAUUGUUUUGCCUUCAUAAAGAGGAAAUGAAACGUUCAUUCUAG